UUUUACUUUUUGCGAUCGAUCAUUUUUUCUUCUUUCCCUUUUCCAGUCUGACCUCCCAAAUCCCUUCUUCUCUCUGGAAUUCGCGACUCUCACUGUUGCAGAUGAUUUAGGAAGAAAAAGUGAUGAUUGGAUCGUGACUUUUUUUUGGCAUUUUUUGUUUGUUAAAAAAAAAAAUAUAUAUAUAUAUAUAUGUGGGUGCCUACUUUGAGCGCAAGCUCAUGUUCAAGUGAGGAGAGGGAAGAGAGCAGUGGUCUUACCCCUGUUUAUCUCAAUGUCUAUGAUCUUACUCCUGUCAACAAUUACCUUUAUUGGUUUGGUAUCGGCAUUUUCCAUUCUGGAAUUGAAGCUCAUGAUUUGGAGUACUGCUAUGGAGCUCACGAGUAUCCAACGAGCGGGGUAUAUGAGGUAGAACCUAAGAAUUGUCCAGGGUUCAUCUUUAGACGGUCUGUUUUACUGGGAACUACCACCAUGUCCCGUUCAGAUUUCCGCUCUUACAUGGAGAAGCUUUCAAGAAAAUACCAUGGUGACACUUACCAUUUGAUUGCCAAGAACUGUAACCAUUUCACUGAAGAGGUAUGCUCGCAGCUUACAGGAAAGCCUAUUCCAGGAUGGAUUAAUCGGCUUGCCCGAGUAGGUUCGUUCUGUAAUUGUCUUCUGCCAGAAAGCAUUCAGCUUACAGCUGUUAGUGCUCCUUCAGAACGCCUNUGA